AUGCAGAUCGCCACCUCCGAACAGUGGAAUCACACAGCCAUCAUGGAAUUUAUUUUGUUGGGAUUUGGAGAAGCUGAAGAGUUCCAGAUUCUUCUUUUCCUGGUGUUUGUGGUGAUCUACAUUUUUACCAUGGCAGGAAAUAUCCUUGUUAUUACCUUGGUUGCAUCAGAUCAGCACCUUCACACUCCCAUGUACUAUUUCCUGGGGAAUUUGUCCUUCUUGGAGGUCUGCUAUAGCUCAACCAUUCUGCCUAAGAUGUUGGCAGGUUUUCUCACUGGGGACAAAUCCAUUUCUGUCUCAGGCUGUUUCACACAACUUUUUUUCUUUGGUUGUCUUGUCAUUGUGGAAUGCUACCUCCUCUCGGUGAUGUCUUUCGAUAGGUAUGUUGCCAUAUGUAAACCACUUCAUUAUGCAACUAUUAUGAAUGGCAGGGUCAUUAUGUACCUGGUAGUAGGAUCUUGGCUGUGUGCGGCAAUAAUAUCAAUUAUUAUCAUAUCUAUGGUUUCACACUUAUCAUUCUGUGGCCCCAAUGAAAUUGACCACUUCUUUUGUGACUUCAGCCCAUUGCUUCAACUCUCCUGUAGUGACACAAGCCACGUUAAAUUAUCUGCUCUCAUAUUUGGGUCAAUUGAUAUCUUACCCCCAUUCAUACUGACCAUCACCUCUUAUGUAUUCAUAAUCACUGCCAUCUUUAGAAUUUCAUCCACCACUGGCAGAGAAAAAGCAUUUGCCACUUGUUCCUCACACCUCAUAGUGGUUACCAUUUUCUAUGGAACACUAAUGAUUGUCUAUAUCUUGCCAAACACUAGUACACUCAGCGACUUUAAAAAGGUGUUUUCUGUCCCAUACACAGUUCUGACCCCCAUGGUGAACCCCCUCAUAUACAGUCUGAGAAACAAAGAAGUGAAGGAAUCUUUAAGAAGGGCUUUGGAUGGAUUUGUCUGUUCCAAUGAAAAGAAGGAACAGAACCCUUUGCUGCUAACAGGGGGAUGA